AUUAUAAUAAUAAUAAUAAUAAUAAUAAUAAUAAUAAUAAUAAUAAUAAUAAUAAUAAUAAUAAUAAUAAUAAUAAUAAUAAUAAUAAUAAAUAUGAUAAUAUCGGUAAUGAAAAACAAGAAAAAAUUAACAAUAUUAUUGAGCAAAAAAGGGAAAAAGAAAAAGAAAAAGAAAAAGAAAAAGUUCAAAAUCUAAUUAUGGAUGAAAGACAAAUUAAAAUCCAUUGGCAUAUAACACAUUUAAUCAGUUCGUUUGAUGAUAUAGACAUUAAUAAACUAUAUAUAUCGGCAUCGAAUUUAUUACAUAUUAUAAAUUUUCUAUUAAUAAUAAGAUAUUGCCUAAUAUUAUAUUGUUCAAUUAAUAACGAUCCAGAGAACACUAAAGAUAAUUUAAAUGAUAAUGGAAUUGCGACCGGAAUCGAAGAAAUGAUUAAUCCAUUAAAUUCUACGAGUUUUAUACCAUACUUGAAAACUUUUUUAAAAAAGGACUUUUACAAUAAGUUUAAGAAAAACUCGUUUUCAAUAUUAAGAGCAAUCAAUCCCAUAAUAAGGAGUAAUGAUAUUAAAUAUCUAAAUGAAAAAAGAUUUAAUAUAGAUUAUACUAAAUUUCAAACAAGUUUAAAUUUAACGAUACCAUUCUUGUUUGAGGAUUCAUUAAAUUAUUUAUUAAAUCCAUUAUUAUAUAAUUUGGAUGAAAACAUCAAAAUAAAGGAAAACAUAAGUAUAGUAUGCGAAAGGAUAAGCAAUUUAAAUAAAAUGUUGGAUGAUCAAAAUUUCAAUAUAAUAACACCACAAUUGUUGACACAAUUAUCUACAUUUCUUAAACUCAAUUUCAAAUCAGGAAACGAUAAUGAUAAUUACAAUAAUAAUAGUAAUAGUAAUCUUAAUGUUAAUGAAAAAAUUAGCUUGAAUAGUCUAAAGAGUUUGUAUGUUGGAUCAAGCAAUAAAAAUAACAAAUUUGAAAAAUUUAAUGAAAAAUUUCCAAGAUUAAAUAAUCAUGAUCAUUACCAUUACCAUCGCCAUUAUAAUAACAAUGAUAUCAACGGCAAACAUUAUAAUUACCACUAUCAAGAUGCUAAAGAUGACGAUAAUAAUAAUAAAAAAAUAUAUGGAGAAAAAUUGAUUUAUGGUGUUUAUAUUAAAACACCUUGGAGAAAGACUAACAAAGAUUAUUUUGGUAAUAAAGAUAAUACAAUAUUUCAAUUGAGCAGUCAGCAAAACAUUUUCAAAUGUAAUUUAAUCUCAAGAGAUAAUAAUAAUAAUAAUUCUGGUUAUGGUUAUGAUAAUACUGCUAAUGCGGAUAGUAAAUUGGGGUAUUUCAAUACACUUGGAGGAGGAAUUGGGUUUGGAAACGAACAGCCCGUUAUCAAGAACAACGAUUUGGUCAAAUAUCGACCAGGAAGCGUUUCGCUAACAAUUGACUCCAGUUUGGAGUUUUGUGUGUUUCGACAUUUGAACCACUCAGAGGUGUACAAAACAGGAUCUGUAUAUAAGAGCUUUGUGGACGAUGCAAAGUCUGAGGAAAGCAAACUGGAGAGUUCCACCGAGAUUCCUAUGGAUAUUCCGGGGGAGAUUCCGAUCUACGAGGACCGGUUUGCAAUUAGUGAAAUGGAGGUCUGGGGAAUUGGCGGCGAGGACGCGUUGAGAGAGCAGCAGAAGCAGUGGGCGUGGGAAGAAAACGAAAGCCGACGCAGAAGAUCCGUUAACUUGAAAAACUUGGGAGAGGAAAGAGCUUUUUUGGAAAUGGCGGGGCUUGUGGGAAGGUACAGCUCGUCAGGCGGGUCAAUGUAGCCCAUGCAAGCCUUUCUUAUACGGACUAAGCAUAUCUAUUUAUUUAUUAGUAUUUAUGAGUAUUUAUGUUAUAUUAUAUGAGAUUUGAUUAAAGCAUGAUAAUUCAUAUUUCUUAAUUGGAUAUGAGAAGCAAGAUCUAAAGGCUAGAACAAGAGAAACAAGAUUAAAUUAGCAUCAGUGAUCAAAAGCUUAAUUUAUGGAUAGGAAAUAAAAAAAAUAAGAAAA